AUGGAGACCUCGCGUUCCGUCCCAAUCACUGCAUUGGGUUCCGAUCAACCGAAACGAGACUCCGUAGCUGCACCCGUGGUGGACGGCGCUGAACGGUCUGGCGAUCGGCCUCGACCCUCGCCUACCCCGCCGCCGUACUGGCAACCAAGCAGAGAGCCGUCGUUUGAUGAACUGUCCGCCACCCGACCGCCUCCCAUCGCUCUUGAGGACCAUACCUUGUCCCGAGAACCUAGCAGAGCGGCGCUCUGGGCUAAAUCAAUCUCCAUCGACGAAUAUGUCAUCGUCCAAGGGAACCCGAUAGGAGUAGGCGCCUAUGUGGUGUAUAAUAUCAAUGUCCAGACCCUCGAUGGAGGCCCUAUGACAAUCCGAAAGCGAUAUUCCGAGUUCGAUGAGCUGCGAGCCAAGUUGGUCAAAGCCUACCCUCAGUCAACCAGGUCGUCGCUGCCGCCUCUUCCCCCGAAGAGUGCCAUAUACAAGUUCCGGCCCAAAUUCCUGGAGAAACGGCGAGAAGGGCUGGCCUAUUUCCUUAAUUGCGUCAUGCUGAAUCCGGAAUACGCCGGUUCUACGUUUGUUAAAGAUUUCAUCUUCCCACCAGAGACAUGA